AUGGCUAAUCAAACUGCAUCAGAAAGCAAAGAUAUCGCAGUAUCGGAUACCGAAGAUGAUUUAGACGAGCAACAGAAACAAACAGAUAUACCGGAAACGGAAACGGUUGAGACGAAACCGCGUGUGCGGAAGUACAUGACGAAACACAUGAGAUUGUAUCCGGAAUUGUAUAGAAGCGAUGUAUCUAUACACCCGAGCUACACGACACUUAAGAAUUUACCCUAUAACGUCGUCUGUCGUCGUCGCGUACAAUCCACCAGGAAACAAAUCAAACGUCAAUUGAAUCGUGAGAUCAUGCAUUUCGCGAUGAUGCAAAUGUUUGCCAUCGACAGCGUCAGGAUCGACCGUGUCUUCAGCCUCGGGAUGCCACCGAAGACAUUGAUUAUCCCCGAUUUCGCAACCGAGAACCAGAGACGUCACAUCCGUGAACUUCUUCGUGAAAAAUGA